UUCAUUUCCGGAGCAAAAUUUGAAUUCAGUCCCUACUGUUUGAGAAACUACUUGGUUUUAGUCAGGUGGUGGUCCGGUGAGUCGGUGACUUUUGCCACUAACUCACUAGUUAAUAUAAACCCGACUAAUCGGUGAAUCUAUGUCGUAAAUUACAAGUAAGAUUUAUGAAGCCAUGAGACAAAUAUCACCUGACCACCACCUCCAACAAAGACCAAAAUCAGGUAAUUUCUCAAAUAGUAAAGACCGAGUUCAAACUUAACUCACCUGAAACGUUAUUUAACCCACCCUAAAUCCAUAUAUGCUUUGCUUUCUAAUGUUUAUGUAGGCUUAUUACGUGUAUACUUCAAAAUCUUCAACUAGCUUCUACCAUAGAAACAUGUUGGUAGCACCAUGUUCUCUGUUCCAUUCCUCUAAAUCUCUUAUUCAAUUCAGGUCCCUCAGCAGCUACAUUGCCUUUACACUUCCUCAUCCUCCCACUCUCUACCUCUCUCCCAUCUGCAAAAACAUCGACACCGUCAAAAAAUUCCACGCCUCCCUCAUCGUCCAUGGCUUCCCCGGCGACACCAAGCUCCUCAGCCUCUACGCCUCCUUCGGCUUCCUCCGCCACGCGCGCCGCCUCUUCGACCACCUCCCCUCCCCAAACCUCCACUCCUUCAAAGCCAUGCUCCGCUGGUACUUCCUCAACAACCUCCACUCCGACGUCGUUUCCUUCUACCACCUCACGCGUUACACUCUCGGUUUCUUCCACGACCUCGUCGUUUUCUCCAUCGUCCUCAAGGCCUGCUCCGAGCUUCGCGACGUCGUUCAAGCCGCCAGGCUCCACUGCCAUGUUAUCAAGUCCGGCCCCUCCGACGGGUUUGUCCUCAACGGCCUUGUUGACGCUUACUCGAAAUGCGGCCAUGUUUGCAGUGCACGCAAAGUGUUCGAUGAAAUUGCUGAACGGAACGUUGUGUCGUGGACCUCCAUGAUCGUUGCGUACGUGCAAAAUGAUUGCGCGGUGGAAGGGUUGAGGUUGUUUAAUAGAAUGAGGGAAGGGUUUGUUGAUGGGAAUGACUUCACCGUUGGGAGCUUGGUCACCGCGUGCACGAAAUUGGGGUCGUUGCAUCAGGGGAAGUGGGUUCAUGGCUAUGUUGUUAAGAGUGGGAUUCACGUGAAUUCUUUCUUGGCAACUAGUCUGUUGAACAUGUAUGUAAAAUGUGGGGACAUUGGGGAUGCUCGUAAAGUUUUCGAUGAAAUGUUGACAAGUGAUGAUGAGCUUGACCUUGUGUCGUGGACUGCUAUGAUAGUUGGGUACUCGCAGAGAGGACACCCUCUUAAAGCGCUGGAAUUGUUCACUGAUCGGAAUUGGGCAGGGAUUUUGCCUAAUUCCGUUACCGUUGCGAGUUUGCUCUCUGCGUCUGCUCAACUAAGUAAUGCUGUUAUGGGAAUGUUGCUUCAUGGUCUUGUGGUGAAGUGUGGGUUGUUUGAUAAUACUCCUGUGAGGAAUGCUCUUAUUGAUAUGUAUGCAAAGUGCCACCUCGUUUCAGAUGCUCGUUAUGUGUUUGAAACGACGGUCCAAAAGGAUGUUGUCUCUUGGAACUCGUUUAUUUCUGGUUGUGCUCAGAGUGGCUCUGCUUAUGAAGCUCUUGAGAUGUUUCAAAGGAUGAGAUCAGAGUCAUUUUCGCCACCAGAUGCAGUUACCGUGGUUGGUGUUCUCUCGGCUUGUGCUUCCCUCGGAGCUCUUCCACUUGGUUCUUCCAUUCAUGCUUUUGCCUUGAAGGAUGGCCUCGUGUCAUGUAGCAUUUAUGUUGGGACUGCGCUGCUCAACUUUUAUGCAAAAUGUGGGGAUGCAAAAUCCGCUCGUAUGGUGUUUGAUGGGAUGGGAGAGAAGAAUGCCGUGACAUGGAGUGCAAUGAUUGGUGGUUAUGGAAUGCAAGGUGAUGGUGUUGGAUCCAUUGCGCUGUUCAGGGAUAUGUUGAAGGAGGAAUGUGAGCCUAAUGAAGUGGUCUUCACUUCUGUAUUAGCAGCCUGCAGCCAUUCAGGAAUGGUUGGUGAAGGGUCCAGGUUAUUUCAUAUGAUGUGUCGGGAACUGAACUUUGUUCCUUCCAUGAAGCAUUAUGCGUGUAUGGUUGAUCUAUUGGCACGUGCUGGCAACCUUAAAGAGGCAUUGGACUUCAUUGACAAAAUGCCUGUUCAACCUGGUGUUAGUGUUUUUGGUGCUUAUUUGCAUGGAUGUGGACUUCAUUCUGAGUUUGAAUUGGGAGAAGUGGCAAUUAGGAGAAUGUUAGAGUUGCACCCUGAUCAAGCUUGUUACUAUGUGCUUGUGUCCAACCUUUAUGCUUCAGAUGGGAGAUGGGGCAUGGUUAAGCAGGUGAGGGAGAUGAUAAAGCAAAGGGGAUUGAACAAGGUCCCUGGUUGUAGUCUAGUGGAGAUAGAUCUCAAUGAUACAUAUUCCAAAGUGACAAUUUUUCCUUAAUCGUGUCAACUUUGUGCAUGAUUAUAUACUUCAUAGUAGCAAAACUAAUUGCUCAAACAAGUGGUUCAAUCGAUAACAUUUGAUGAGCACCACCAGCAUACUCGAGCUGAAAAAGUUUAGAAAAACAAUCUUGGAAGAUUUGAGAUAACCAUUGGGGGGUUAGACUCAAGGAGAGGCAUAAGCUAGUAGGUCUCUUUUGAGGUCAGUGACCAAAAUGGUGAGCAUGAAGCUGGGAAAAUGGCCUUAAAAGGUUGAACAAUGACAUAUACAAUUAAAGUUACUAACAAAUCAAAAACUCUGUAAUUUAAUAAAGCUAUUUGUUUAUGUAUAUUAUUAUCUAACAUCUAUUGUUAACUUUGACUAGAUUCCUUGUUCUUAAUCCAAAAUUCCACCUAGUAAGGUUUGUCGACGCAACACUAGCAAGGAAAGGUUUGUCGACAUUUGUCGAAAUUUGACGAAGAAAAGCCAUGAAAAAUACUAAGUUAAACUGGCAAGUUGAGUUAAUCGUGAAAUUCGACAACCACAAACGCUUGGAGCAGUUACAAAGGAAGUGGGCAGUUAAGAGCACGUGCACUCACCCUCGAUGCAAAGAAACGGUUAAGAGCGUGUGCCUUCACCCACGACGCAGGUCACCCACGAUGCAGGCAAGCGGUUGAGAUACAUGCCCUUUCCCACGAUGCAAGAAGCUUAUGGAGCAAGUAUGAGAUCGUGGAUCAGCAAGCCCACUAACCCAUUCAGCAGGAAGAAAAACCGCCAAGGACAUGUGAAGCAAUGGAGCACUAUAAAUAGGAGAACAUCAUUCAGAAAAAGGGUUCCCAACUCAACUCCAAAAAACUCACUAAAAAGCUCACAUGUCCGCAUCAAAGAGACUUCAAGAGCCUAACGUGAUGAUGAAGGAGUAUGUUGCAGAACCAUUUACAAUUCCUGCAUUUAGUGUUUUCGAACUUGCUGUUUUAUUCACUUCCCUGUCAAUUUCUCAUUUGAUGUAAUUUUCCUUUGUUUUUUGACUUACUUUUCUUGUACUUUGCACUUUGAUUAAUGA